AUGUAUGAUUCUGAUAGGGGACAUGCUCCAAUCGGCACCUAUCUACACCGGAUAGGCCGACGAGAAUCGCCUGAGUGUCAGGCCUGUAAAGAGCCUCACGAGACAGUUAGGCAUGUACUCUUUGAGUGCCGAGGACGUCGAACAGGACGGAGGGCUUUAUAUCAAGCCCUCAAGAAAGCAGGCGUGCCACUGCCUACAGCGGCUGAGGAAAGUCCUGAGGCUAGGCUAUUUGCUGAACCUAGAGCGACACAGGGAUUGCUACAAUUUGUGGCUGAAGCCAACUUGUUUCAUGAUAAGAAGCGGAUAGCCAGAGAGGCUGAGAUUGGUGAUGUGUGGGGAUGGGAUACGUUGGAGGAAGGUGGCCUAGGUGUCACAUUGGAAGAUGAAUAG